AUGCUCCCCACACUCACAGUCAUCUUCAAGGCCAUCUUUUGUCUGGAGUCAUUGGCUGCGAUGCUACAGAAUGGCAUCCUGGCCACAGUGCUGGUCAGGGAGUGGAUGCAGAGCUCGACCCCUCUGGUAGCUGACAAGCUCGUGGCCUGUCUCGCCCUCUCUCGCUUCUUCCUGCAUGGAGCAGCCCUGAUGAACAACUUCCUGGUCUUGUUUGGUUUUUGUUAUCCUGAAAACUUCACGGGCGUCUUGUGGGACUUCUUCAACACUUUCAUUUUAUGGCUUACCGCCUGGCUUGCCAUCUUCUACUGUGUAAAGGUCUCCUCUUUCUCCCACCCCAUCUUCCUGUGGCUGAAGUGGAGGUUUUCUCGACUACUUACCAGGCUAUUGUUGGGCUCUCUGAUCCUCAGUAGCAUCUCAGCCAUCAUCAUAGCCAUUGGCAACGCAAUGGCAGCUCAGUUUUCCUGGGGAAACUGCACGACAAUUUAUAAGUCAUUGGACUUCUUCCGGAAUUAUUAUUUCUCCCAUGGUGUGGUUAUGUGGCUCCCUCCUUUCCUGCUGAUCCUGUUGUCCAUCAUGCUGCUCAUGUUCUCACUGUGCCAGCAUGUAGGGCACAUGAGGGACCACAGGUCAGGGCUUCGCAAUUCCAGCAUCCAGGCUCACACCACCGUUCUGAAGUCACUGGCCUUCUUUCUUUUCUUCAAUACACUGUAUUUCCUGAACUUGAUCAUUUUUACUGUGAACAGCAUACCCAUCCAGAGCCACUGGUACUGGGUCAAGGAGGUGAUAAUCUACGCUGGCCUCACCAUACAUACCUUCAUCUUGGUAGUAAGCAGCCCUAAGCUGAGAAAGGCCCUCAAGCUGAAGUGUUAG